AUGGGCUCAAUUGGGACAAGACGUCCCAUUAGGAUCGCCAAUUGUAGCGGCGCCAAUCCUGAUCCGGGAUAUAAAAUGCUUGAACAAACUACAGCGGGACAAGUCGACGCAAUUACUGGUGAUUAUCUCGCUGAAUUUAACCUCGCCACAAAUGCGCUGGACUACCAAGCUGGCAAACACAAGGGCUGGGAACCCACAUGCGAAGACGGUAUCUUGCAAACACUUGAGGCAGCAAACUCGAAACAAAUCAAGAUAGUCGUAGACGGUGGAGCUUUGAAUCCCAAAGGUCUUGCUGAGCGUGUUCAAUCAGAGGUCACUGCCAAAGGUUAUGAUCUGAAGCUAUCAUAUGUGGAAGGCGACGAUGUGACGUCGCGGCUGGAAGAGAUAUUUAGAGGCGCACAAUUUGAACAUCUAGACGCAAAGAAUGAAGGUGUCAAGAUUGACAAGUUAACGAGGGAUUGGCUGAGCCGAGACAACAAGGAGCGGCCGGAGAUCAUUUCUGCUCAUGCAUACUUGGGAGCCAGAGGGAUCGUGGCAGCGCUCAGGGCAGGAGCUGAUAUUGUCAUCUGUGGCCGCGUUGCGGACGCUAGCCCGGUCAUUGGACUGGCGGCGUGGUGGCAUGCGUGGAGCGAACACGACUUUGACCAGUUGGCCGGCGCUUUGAUUGCAGGACACCUAAUUGAAUGCAGCGGGUACGGCACUGGCGGCAAUUUCUGUGGCUUCACCAAAUUUCCCAUUGAAAGCUCCGUCAACUUGGGGUAUCCGAUUGCCGAAAUCGAACAAGACGGGACCUGCGUUGUCACGAAGCACGAAGCCCUAAAGGGGCGAGUCACGCGCGACACCGUCCGUGGUCAGCUCCUGUACGAGCUACAGGGCAACAUAUACCUGAACAGCGAUGUCAAAGCCGACAUCAAAAAUAUCCAAAUGCGAGAAGUCGGUGACAACCGCGUCAACGUAUUCGGCGUCAAGGGCUAUCCUCCUCCCGCAACCACGAAACUUGCCAUGUUCUACCAGGGUGGGUACCAACUCGAGUGGUAUCUCGCCGCCACCGGCACUCUAGGAGAAGUUUACGCAAAAUGGGAUCUGGUCGAAGCGCAGAUUGCGCACGCCAUGAAGAGACGCGGGAUCAGCAAAGAUCAGCUCGACAUCCUGGAAUAUCAGCGUAUAGGCGUCCCUGAAACGAACCCGAGGGAUCAGUAUGCGGGAACAGCGAUAUUGCGUGUCUUUGUGCAAGGGGAGAGUAGAGACAUUGUGACCCAGGUUUAUGCAUCGUGGUGUGAGAUGGUUAUGCAACAUUACUCCGGCAUGCAUGCUACACUUGAUACAAGGACGGCGGUUCCUCGACCAUUCCUUGGUUUUGUCCCCGCAAUUAUUCCGCAGAGCGCAUUAAAAGAAAAGGCGGUACUGCUGAAACCGUACACAGUACUCGACGCCGGCACUGUUAGUGUCACGGAGGCAUUGGCGCCGCUGAUCGACGAGGAGACCACUAAUCCCGUGCCGUUGGAGAGCUUUGGUCCUACAAUCGAGGCCCGCAUGGGUGACGUUGUAUAUGCUCGCAGUGGCGACAAGGGCUCCAAUAAUAACGUUGGUUUCUGGGUGCAUGAGCAGGACGAAUACGAUUGGCUGCGCAGCGCACUCACAAAGAAGGAGUUGAUACGUCUAUUGGGUGGAGAGUGGAAGGAAGAAUUUGCUCUCGAAAGGGUGGAGAUGCCGGGCAUCUUAGCUGUACACUUUGUUGUGUAUGGGUUAUUGGGAAGAGGCGUAAGUUCGACUGCCAGGCUGGAUAACUUUGGCAAGGGGCUGGCAGAUUUCUUGAGGGCGAGGUAA